AUGUCGGAGAAGGCAACUGCCAAUAAGCUGUAUGAUGCUGACGCUCCUUUUCUGGUAGAAUCAUAUCAACAUGGCGCUGGCUCAUUCCAAACACAGGAGUCGCUGCCGUCGUACUCGUACUCGAAUGACCCGCAUAUGCCUGGGCAACUCCGCUCUUGGGAUGAUGCCGCGCGUGCACCGCCGGUACCGAUUCGCUCGCCUAACUCAGGUCCACAUGGUCAUGUAUAUGCGAAUGUAGACAGCGAUAAUCCCUAUCUUGGAGUAGGUGGUGCGCCUUCUGUCACACCUGCACCGCUCAAUGCAACAAUAACAGGAUAUGCGACAGGCCUGGGCUGGGAGUUGAGCAAGUUAUGUGCGAUUGCAUACGCGAUUCCGCCAUUUUCCAGUGUACUUCUUCUUCUGUACGAGACACAGAAUGAUCUUGUCCGUUUCCAUGCGUAUCAAGCGGGUUUUGGCGGUGCUAUCGUAGUUGUCGGUGCCUGGAUUCUCAACUAUGUGUUUGGACUGCGCUGGCUCGUUUGGCUGUUGACACGUUUGUUGCUAUUUGCAUCAUGGUAUUGCGGGUACGUCUAUACUUCCUAUUUUCACUGA